GUUUUUCUUCUUAUCCGAUACUGCAUGCAGCAUAAUUGAGAGAGAAUCUUGAAUGGAGCCAAGUAGACGAUUUCCUAACUGGAAUCGAGAACUUGAUGUGUUCCUUUCAAAACCAGGUUCUUCUACAAGUUGUUUUAAAAACAAAAAACCUUCAGCAAAGAAAUGUAGGGCAUCAGAGAUUAAGCAACCUAACAUUAGUAAGGCUCCUUCAAAUCCGAAUCCACCACUUCAAGAGACAGAAGUGGGCGUAUCAGAGGAAGUUUAUGAAAUUAAGCAAUCCAUGUUUACUGGUAAAGUACCCUACAACUACACAUUUUUAGAGGUUUCAAUGCUCAUUCACAAAUUUUGCCAGCUACUGGAACGAAGAUAUAAUUAUUCUCAGCGCAAUGUAAUCGAGAAUACAACAGAAAUCACACAAAGUAAAAACGACGGAGAAAGUUCAAAUAGUGAAGACGAUAUAAUGACUUCGAGAACGGAAGACGACAUAAGUGAUAUAGAAUUUGAGAAUUCAAUAAACAUCUCUAAAACAACCAGUACCAGGGACCUAACGGACCUAAGGAAAGAGGAAGAGGGACUGAGGGAAUUAGAGGAAAGGUUUGCCUUGGUCAAAGCAGAGUACAGUCGAGCUGAGAUGUUGAAAACUAAACUUAGAUUGACAAUAUCUGGUAAGGAGUGUAGCUUACAACUGGAUGAAGAAACUAUAACGAGGAAUGAUGCCGUUCAGAAAGCCAGAAUAGAGGAUUUUAAUUCAUUUUGUGAUUCUGUUAUUCAAAGUUUUUCAACUUGCGUUAUAUGUGAUUGUAAUUUGUUAAAUGAUCGUGAUAAUAAUUUCUGUAAAUGUGAUGCAGGAAAAUGAUAAAUAUAUUUAUCUUAUGGUUA